AUGUUUAUUGUUAACACAAAUCAGCAAAAAAUAAAUAUUGGCAGGUAUGAGUAUAGAAGGGCAGAUGGUGUACAGAUCAAGAAGAAGCCAAUAGAGGUGACUGCUCCAAGACGCAACUCGAUGAUGAGACCUUAUUACCUCAAAGGUUUGGUAAUUAAUAAUUGUCGUCCUUACCCUUUUAAAAUCGAAGCCCUUAAAGAAGAAGCUCAUCUCAACACUUGCUUCAAACACUUCAUCCUCUGUACUCAU